GAGGAGGUCCGUCCCAUCCCGGAGGAGGGGGGGGGGGGCGUCCUCCAGCAGCUCCACGCCGGCCCCGGUGGUCAGUAGCAGCUGGGUUCAUGUGGAGGAAACACUGGAGAGAGUAGCUAGCAUGCCCGCACCGCUGGUGUAAAUGGAGCCGGUCCAGAGGAAGCGAAACCAGCGUGUGCUGCUCUGUCUGCUGCUUCUGCCCGUCUCAGGUGUUUUUUGCUUUAGCGAGUUGCUCUUCGUCAAGGAGCCCCGUGAUGUCACCGUCAUGCGAAAGGAAGCGGUCAUUUUGGACUGCCAGGCACGCGGAGAGGCGCCCAUCGACGUCCGGUGGCUGAAGAAUGGAGCGAGAGUGGUGGCGAGCGAGCGCGUGUACCUGCUCGCCAACGGCUCCCUUUAUAUUUCGGAGGUGGAGAGCGGAAGAGGAGACAAAUCAGACGAGGGGCUCUACCAGUGCCUUGCUCAGAACAAGUAUGGAGCCAUCCUGAGCCAGAAGGCACGUCUAACAAUCGCAAGUAUUUCUGCUUUUGCAAUCCAGCCAACGUCCAUUGUGGCGACCGAAGGCUCAGUCGCGAGAUUUUCCUGCAAAAUCACGGCCCACCCUCCUCCCAUCAUCACUUGGGAGUUCAAUCGGGUCACGUUACCCCUCACCACUGAAAGAAUCACCGUCCUGCCCAGCGGCGUUCUCCAGAUCCACGGUGUGCAGCGGGCCGACGCCGGGAGCUACCGCUGCAUCGCCACCAACAUCGCCAGCCGCCGCCGGAGCACGGAGGCCGCGCUCACCGUCGCCGCAGCUCCCAGCCCUGCGCUUCCCCAGAGGCCGCGCAUCAUCGCCGGGCCUCAGAACGUGUCGGCGUCGCUGCAUCAGAGCGCCGUCCUGGAGUGCGUGGCCACGGGCAGACCGCGGCCCAUCGUCUCCUGGAGCCGCGCCGACGGCAGGUCCAUCGACGUCUACCACACCAGAGUGUUGGGGAACGGCAAUCUGAUCAUCACAGACAUCAAGCCCCAGCACGGCGGCGUCUACAUGUGCCGAGCCACCACUCCGGGCACGCGCAACUACACCGUGGCCUCGGCCAACGUCACGGUCCUGGCGCCGCCCUCCUUCGUGGAGUGGCCGGAGAGCGUGACCCGUCCACGCGCCGGCACCGCCCGCUUCGUGUGCGAGGCCGAAGGCGUCCCCACGCCUCGGAUCACGUGGCUGAAGAACGGAGAGAGGGUGCACUCCAACGGUCGGAUCAAGAUGUACCACAGCAAACUGGUGAUCAACCAGAUCAUCCCCGAGGACGACGCCGUGUACCAGUGCCAGGCGGAGAACGAGCAGGGCGCGGUGCUCUCCAUGGCCAGGCUCAUCGUGGUGAUGUCAGAGGACCGGCCCAGCGUGCCCCGGGACGUCCGGGCCGACACGGUGUCGAGCUCGGCCAUCCUCCUGGCCUGGGAGAGGCCCCUGUACAACUCAGAUAAAGUCAUUGCUUACUCGGUGCACUACAUGAAGGCUGAAGGCUUAAACAACGAGGAAUACCAAGUUGUCAUUGGAAACGACACAACCCGCUACAUUAUUGACGACCUGGAGCCGGCGUGCAACUACACCUUCUACGUGGUGGCCUACAUGCCCAUGGGAGCCAGCCGCAUGUCGGACCACGUGUUCCAGAGCACGCUGGAGGACGUUCCCCUCCGCGCCCCGGAGCUCAGCCUCACCAGCCGCAGCCCCACCGACAUCCAGGUGUCGUGGCAGCCUCUCUCAGACAAGCUGAGCCGCGGCCGGGUCUCGGCCUACCGCCUCUCCUACCGCACCAGCGCCGAGACCGCGGCCUCGCAGGUGGACCUGCCCGGAGAGAGGACCCUGCACCUCCUGGACCACCUGCAGCCCGACACCGUCUACCUGCUGCGCAUCGCUGCUGCCACCGGCGUGGGCUGGGGGGAGCCGUCGGCCUGGACGUCGCACCGCACCCCGAAGGCCUCCGGCGCCCAAGUUCCUCUGGCUCCCGAGCUGAGUUUGGAGCCUUUGAACUGCACCACUAUUCUGGCGCGGUGGCAGCUGGCAGGCAGAAACUCGGCCGGCGUGCGAGGCUACAAGCUCUUCUACCACGAGGAGAGCCAGCCCGAGGCCGCCCCGCUUCAGCUCCGGGCCUCGGUCCACGCACACACCAUCGGAGGGCUCGACCCCAGGAAGAAGUACCACGUCACAAUUCUGGCUUUUAACUUCAUUGGUGACGGCUACCAGGCAGACCGGACCAUCAGCACCCCUGGAUGUGUCUCCGUCCGGGAUCGCCUGGUGCCUCCUCCACCUCCUCCACACAACGUGUACGCGGAGACCAACAGUUCAACUGCUGUGUUUCUGCGCUGGGGCAAACCAGCGUUCACCUCCAGCCACGCCGUCAACUACACCAUGCGCUGCAACCCCGUGGGGCUGCAGAACGCCUCGCUGGUGCUCUACCUGCAGACGAGUGAGCAGAGCCUCCUGGUGAGAGAUCUGGAGCCCAAUACCAAGUAUGAAUUUGCUAUUCGCCUUCACAUCGAUCAGCUGUCCAGCCCCUGGAGCCCUGUGGUCUAUCAGACCACCUUCCCUGAAGCUCCUACACUGCCCCCCUCCAACGUGAAGGUAACUCUGAUUGAAGAUGACACGGCACUGGUUUCAUGGAAGCCCCCAGAGGAACCCGACGUGGCCGUGACACAUUACACCAUCCUGUACGCGUCCAGAAAGGCCUGGGUGGCCGGGGAAUGGCAGGUGCUGCAGAGAGAGGGCAGCGUUACCAUGGCUCUGCUGGAGAACCUGAAGCCUGGUCAGGUGUAUUUGGUGAAGAUCUCCGCUUCCAAUGACAUGGGCGAUGGACCAUUCUCCCAAAUGGCAGAGCUGACAGUACGAGCUGAUCUCUCCUCCGCUCACGACCCGCGGCUCUCGCGUGACUCCGCACACGCCACAGCUUUUUCCAAUGGCUUCUACCAUCUGGACCAGAAGUCAAUGACGGGCAUCACUGUGGGGGUCUGCAUCGCUCUCAUCUGCAUCAUCAUCUGCGCCCUCAUCAUCGUCUGCAGAGGCAAAAGCAGGAAAACAUCAGCCGUUAAAGCGUGCAGAGGAAGAGAGAGCACAUCUGCCGCUGCUGCCUCACAUCUAGAUGCUGAGAGACAAGCGGAGAGCGCUGAAGUCACCAUGCAGCUGAUGAGCGAGGACCAUUUCAUUGAUGCCAAGGGUGGAACAAACCUGAUCAUCAAUUCUCUUGGCCCAGUUCAGCCCAAUAGUGACAGGAGGAAGAGAUGGCUUCCCUUCAGCAAUCAUGUGAAAACAGGCAAUAAAGACGUUCAGAACAUGAGGCCGGCCCUGAGCUUGCAGCCGGGCUCCACGGUGCUGGCCUAUGAGGAGGAGCGGUCCGUCUCUCCAGACCAGCCCGUCACCCUGCAGGACCUCCUGAGGCGUGGGCACGGCGACUCCGAGGGCUCCUCCAACAGCGAGGGGAGCCACUCAACGGGCGACUCGGGCCGCUACUCCCACGACGAGACGGCGCUGACCAACCUGUCAUCGGGGCCCAGCAGCCGCCCACCGUCCCUGAGCGCGGAGGAGAGCGGCGAGUCGGACGGCGGCGCGUCUGAGAAGCCGAGUGAGAUGCUGGAGGAGGAUCAGACGGCUGUGAAGCCCGCCGGGUCAGUGAGGACGGCUGCCGUCGUCACGGCGACAUCAGCUGAGCUCUCCCUUUGACUGCGUUUGUGUGUGUGUGUGUGUGUGUGUGUGUGUGUGUGUGUGUGUGUGUGUGUGUGUGUGUGUGUGUGGGAAGACAGUGGUGUAUUCACAGCAAAGGGUCUUGAAUUGAGAAAUAAUAACAGUAAUAGGUACAAUCAAUACCCUGUGAAAGUUCCCAAGUGACUUGCUUCAACGCCUCUUUGUGCUGUAAACACACCACAUGCCUGGAUGGUGUUUGUAAGUGGGAGAGAAAGAUGUAAAGGAGCAAAACGAGAGACUUUUUUUUUUACCUGUCUGUUUUGAAUUUCCUCUUUUUUGUGUUUGUACCUUUGUAAAACUCUCACCCACCGUGAAUGUUUAGAAAAAAGAUUGUCCAAAUGUGAAAAAGGUGAUAUUUCUGACAUUAUUUAAGAGUUUAUCACUGGAGCCUCUUUCACCUAUGAUCUACCUCCGUUUGCCUUCAGGUGAACCUUCCACUGUAUAUUUAAUUACUACUUGUACCUACGUUGUGUGUUGGGCUGCUUCACUUACUUCCUGACGACGUGUUGUCGAUGCUUUUGUUUGGAUGGCAGGGGCGCUGCAGCUUCCUGACUUCUCUAUUUAUCUUCUCAGACGUUGCUGAGGUACGGAACCAGUAUUAAUAAUGUGUUUUGUUCGUUGUGGCCAUUAUUGAGUAAUGGGUGCGGAUGAGCUGCCCUUGCUAUUCCAGUUUUAUACUACCUCGUUUAAGUUUAUGUUGUUGUGUUAUUGUUUCCACAAACUCAGGGAACAAGGUUCAGUACGUUUGACGCAUCAUGUCGUGUUACAUGGUGAAAUCACAGGGUAUCUUCUCAGUACUGAACAGCUGUUAUUGCCUAUGAAUGUAUCCUCAGACAUUGUGUGCCAGUAGCUCAGAUGUUUGUGCUGCCCUCUCCACAGACGGACCCCCCCCCCCUCGUUGUUUCUCCUCAGGUCCUGAACCGUCUGUUUUUCUUUAAGUUUUUUUUGCAACAGACUCUUUUGUUUGUUGACUUCUUCCUUUUUAGAUUCACACCAGAAGUGCUUGCAGUCGCAUGUCGGUUCAGAAAAGCUUUAUAAUUGGCCUUAAUACCCUCGGAUGCAGAGACCAGAACUGGAUCUCUCCGAGGGAGAAGCUUCACAUGAGUUUGCAACACAGGGAAAGCGAUUGUUGUAAAAGCAAUGAAGUGUUUGAGCAGAGAUGGAAGUGAAGAACUGAAUGAAAGUCUAUAUUUUUCUUAGAAGAUACGUACUACUGAGUAAGCAUUGUAGUUACUUUUCUUCAGAGUAGUUAUUUGCUUUGCUGUAGAGUAAAGAUUAGCACUUGUCUGCCAAGUAGUUUUAUAUUAUCGGCCAAUGUGCAGCGGUGACGGUGAUGCUAAAACCCAAAGAGUUGUUUGCUGCAUGAAUUUGUUUAAGCCUCUCAACUUAUCUCUGAGGAAAAGGAAAUAAUCAAAGCGCUAUUAGACCAAAGAUGAAACGUGGCCUUGGAGACGAGUUGAGUUGCUGCUCCUUAAGCGAAUCCUUGCAUAUUAGUGGCCUUGACCUGUAACAGGAGGCGUUUAGAGAGUUGUGGGCUGAAACUUGACAGAAGUGCCAGCAGGAUUCACUGACGAUGGAGCAACAACAAUCAUCAGGUAUAUGCACAUGAACCAAAUCGUCCUGUCGUAUCCUUUCCCGAGUUCCUCAAACUGUUGCAGACACAUCUGUACAUUGUAGAGAUUAAUACAGUAUAUUAUAUUGAAUAGUAUGUGUUAUGCAACAGUGCAGCCUUGUGUAAAUGUGCACCCACUGAUUUAUUUUUGCCUUGAGAUUAAUAAUUCUGUUGUUUUAAAAAGAGAUUGGAAACUGUAAGAAUAUAUUGUUUUAAACAGACUUUUUUGAAUUCAUCUAUUUUUGACACACAUUUUAUUUAAAUAAGGUUUUUACAUUGAUCACUGUAGUUUAAAUUUAAAGGCAAAUCUAAUUUCCAAAGGUCAGUGGGUGACCAAACGUUUCCACUUUGCUAUAUUUAAUCAGAGGAUUCUGCGGGGGAUUCAAUCAAAGGGAAUUUUUGGAAUGAGAAGUGACACAAUCAGAUUAACUAUUUUUUUGAAAAGCAAACAAUGUAAACCAGACUUUUUUUAUGAUGUCACCGUUGCAUAUUGGCAAAAAGUCAAUGUCAAAGCAUCCUAUCUUUGUGUGAAAUGUUAUUAUGCGAGUUUUCAUACUCAUUUUAUAACUAUAUAUGAGAAACUGAGUGGAAAACAUUUCCUUUUCUUAAAUGUCAUUUAUUACAACAAAGUUAAGUUUUCCUCCAUUUUACCUGUUUAAAGUUCAAAUAGAUUUUUGAUACAGAGUCAUUGUUUAUUCUGCUUUAGAAAAUUAAAACAUGUACAUUACCAUUUGAACUAGAAUCCUCAGGUGUUUGUUGUUGCAGGAGACAAACGGGUUCUGGUUGUGUCAUGCAGAUCAUCAGUGCUACCUCAUGUUGUAUUUUUUAUAUGCUUGAUACACCUGGCUUGUUAAGGUCAACCCAAGAUGUUGUCCUGUCUUUCACCCCAUGAAUGUUAUGUUUUCCCAGCAUGUGAAUUUUACAGUUAAAACCUAAUUUUGUUGAGUGUGUGAACCCAACUGCUCUUCUCCCUUUUGCGUUAAAUAAUGUGUGGCGGAGCGCUGCGGGUCAUUUACAGUCAAACUCAGGGGGACCCACAGCUGCUUCACCUUAAAGACAAAGAUUGAAUGUAUUUUUUUGUAAUUAUGUUCUGAUAUUUUCUGUUAAUAUUUUGUUAUAUUUGUCUGUUUGUUUAUGUCUGUCAAAAAUCUUUAGUUAGGAAAGUCUAAUUUGAAAAUGUCUGAUUUUCAGUUUAAAUAAAAUACAAAAGUUACAAACAUUUGCAUCUGUUUUUACAAAACACUGCACGUAAGGAAUUACUUAUUAUUUUGUUUUGUCAUCAACACUUGAGUGUGUAGUUGUUUAAGAUCUAGAAAUUUCAUGCAAUGAG